CCCAUGCACAUACGGCUCAUCAGCCCGGAAUUUCCCUGGACGUUUAACAUCGGGCCCAGUGCCAAAGAAGAGGGUGUGACAUGUUUUGACGUUCUCGCUGCGCUGCACGUUGCAUUACAGUGCCCGCUCACGGACACAGAGUGGGGCACCGCUAGUGACGAUAAACGUGCGACACGCACUAGCCUUGCACCUGGUGCCAAUGUGCCACAAGAGCCGCUGCUGCUCCGUGUCGACUGGCUUGGAUCCCGCGUAGCAUUUCUGGGACUUGUCAAGGAUGACGCGUUUGCGAGGAGUAGGCUCAUUCCGGGCGGUGGGCAGCCGCCUGAGACGUGGGUAGUGAAGUUCCGGAGAUUAUGA